GUCCGGGUGUGUGUUUCCCAGUCCCACCCCGCCGUGCCCAGGCCGGGGGAGCCCCAGCCCGCUCCUCGCCUGAGGGGAGGGAGCCGCGGCCCCGGCUCCGGCAGCGCCCUGCCCGCCGUGAGGGACUGAGGGAAGGGGGGCCCUGCCCUGCCCUGCGGCCCCCGGGCACAAAAUGGCCAUCGCGGCCGUUAGCGAGGCGGAAACGCGGCUCUGCGGGAACUGCAAAAAGGACAUCCCUGCUGUUAACUUCAUCAUCCAUGAAAUCCACUGUAGCAGAAAUAUUGAAGUAUGCUGCUACUGCAGCGAAUCCAUCCCGAAGUCCGAGAUGAAGAACCACAUUGAGUCUGAGCACGUGCAGGUUACCUGCAAGUGUAGGAUGAAGAUGGAAAAUGGUCUCCUCAAGGAUCAUGAGGCGUCAGCGUGCCCUCUGCGUCCUGCCCUCUGCCAGUACUGUGACAUACAGCUUACCUUCAAGGAGCUGCUGGACCAUGAAGUUUACUGCGGGGCCAGGACUGAGCUGUGUGGAGGGUGCGGGCGUAACAUCAUGGUGAAAGAUCUCCAAGAGCAUCCUCGGGUCUGCGGGCAAGAGGUGAAGCAAGUGAGAGGAAGCAGAGCAGUGGCUCGCUUUGAGGAUGAGGCUGUAGUUUUGAGUGCCCUUCGAGGUGUCAGAAGGCAACUCAGAUCAGAGAAUGAACUGGAGCAGUUGGGGAGAAGUGAAAGCGCCCAUUCUGCACUUGACGAGGGGUGGAACCCUGACUUAGAUUACGCGUUGGCUCUCAGCCUCCAGAAUGAGGAUCAUCAGCACAAGAACACUGCAGCUGAAAGUCCCAGUGACUUCUGGGAGAACUGCUACACCAAAGAGUCUGUGUCAUCUACCUACUGUAAUGAAAGAGACGAGGUGGAUGCCUUCUGUGACUCUUUCGUGCCUUCCAGCAUGUCAAACAUCAGCAAAAAUGAGAUCAUCAUGUUGCCGUGUGAGUUUUGUGAGGAGCUCUACCCUGCUGAGGACCUGAUUCUUCACCAGACAGGUUGUAACCCAGCAAGUGCCUUUGCCUCGUUCAGUAAAAGAAGUUCUUCUCCGAAUCCAUGGGAAUACGAUGGUCUGUGUGCUGGUGGGUCCAGAGGCUUUGGGUCUCUCUUCUCAUCCCAGCUCCAAGCUGUCCAGGCAGAGGAAGAUAUUAUCAUUCCCUGUGAAUUUUGUGGCAUCCAACUGGAAGAGGAGACACUCUUCCAUCAUCAGCACCACUGUGACCUGCGCCCAGCCAGCCCCACCACCAGCUGCCCAUCUUGGCAGCCACCAUCUCCACAGGCCGGCAGAGAAAGAAGAGGAUCAGCAGAGCUGGCUUGGAGAUGGGCCCGGCCCCAAGUGCUGUGUUUUGCCCUCCCAGGAAAUGGUUCUGCUUGGAGCCCAGGCAGCUUCGGGCAGCAGGAGCUGAGCUGUCCUGCACGAGGGACCACAUCCCGCAGUAGCGUGGCACACACCAGGAGCGCACCCCCAGCCUCUGCCCUGAGAGCUGGAGAUGCUCCUGCCUCCAGAGGGAAGCCCAGGAAGGAAUCUGGCAACGAGGGGAGGCCGAGGAGCAGGGACGCAGGCGAGCCUGCGGGUGGGAUAACACCACGUGUGAGACCUGCUCAGAACUGCCAUCCAGAAGGCUUCACAUCCAGCAUCUCCAGAGCUUCACCAGCCCAGCCAAGGUACCACCUUUCCUGUUUCAGGCCUACCCUAAGGGGUCAGGGGUGCUGGAGGAGCAAGCUUUGGAAGUAGGGGCACUGCCUUAGGUCUGGUGCAUUCUGAGCCACAGCUGACAGUGACAAACCCACUCCUGUCCUCAGCCUCACUUCCCCACGGUCCAAAUCUGGAUUCCUUCCUGUUUAUUUGCCUGUGACUGAAAAGAUUUCACUCAGUUUAAUUGGACUGGGGCUUGCCUGAGUUUCAAACAGCAAACUCAGGCUUUUAUAUCAAAACAGAAUGGAGAAAUUGGUCACUGGGAG